AUGGCCACGAGUGCAGAACGAACUUUGAAUAAGAAAUGGCAGUCGCGACUGCUAAGAUGGUCUGUUUUGGGCCUCUGCUGGUCCUCGUACAUCCUUUAUCGAGGCUGCGUGAUUGGACAAAUUAAAUACGACAAAGAAAAGGGAAAACUGAUUAUCCAACGUCGCAACAUUUGGACCAAAAGAAUAGUGCUGUGCCUAAAGUUGUCGGUGCUCUACUUCAGCUUUGAAAGUAAUGAAGGCAUAUUUUCUAGUCCAAAGUACUUUGAUACUCUGAUGACAGGGGUCAUCAUGCAGAUAGCCAUAUGUAAUAUUAUACGUUUGUGGAACUGGAUGAGUAGUCUGUCCUAUAAUCGAUCCUUAGUGGGUCUGAUCAACGAGGUGAUAGAAGUAAACACAUUGAUGAAAGAGACUUUGGGGAGGCCUUCCUUGGAAGGUAUCUCCCUGCUGAUCCUUUACAUAGUUCAGUGGGACUUUACUGUCCUGCAGAUCACGGGCUUAAGUCAACUAAGUCUUUACGUCUUCCCGCUGUACAUCAUAUUGCUGGAGUUGUGUUUCAACAUUUAUGUGGUCUACCAGUUGUUGCUACUGUCUUGGAUCGCUGCUUUCAAUAGGUUCUUAAAGAUCUAUCUACAGGAACGGAAACCGACAAAAAGGCAACAUUUAAAGGUUCUUCGGCUGCUUCGCCUCUAUUCCAGGAUAGCCAAUAUUAACCAGGAAAUCCAACUGCUGUGGCUGCCGGUCAUCGGCAUGCUUUUCACCGACAUCUUGCUACUAGUGAUCAAUUGGGCGUUUAUCAUCAAAAAUAUCAUGGAGUACCACUUGUUUGCAGACGACAAAUUUUAUAGGAAAUGUUUGAGAGCCGCAGUUGGUGGGCAGGCAUCUUUCUUAAGGAUUUUGUUCAUUGGUCUAUGCAAUGAUAGACUGUGCAUUCUGCAGACUCUCCUUAGAGUGCAGCUUUUAAUCGUCGAUUUGCGCUUCUCACUGCAUCUUCAGCGGCAUCAGAACUUCGUCAGGGAUGUCCAGACUUUGCAAAGUUGCUUUGAUGUGCAGUUCAGAGUCCAGCCGAUCAGGAACCGGAUAAUGAACGCCAAUCUGGAAUGCGGAGGUUCGUUUGUCCUAGACUUCUUUUUUUGCACAUUGCUAAAUGCCUUGUGCUUUGCCCAGUAUGAAAUUACCGUUGACGCCGAUACGUUAAUUUAUGCUGAAGAUCGAUAA